CAAUUAUUUGAACUUGAUCGUGCCCACAGGUUGUCUUCUACGUCCAAUUUCAAUCUCUCUCUGAUCAUCCUGCAGUGUACGUCGAUGGCUACCCUCGACCAUAGCCUGAAUUUCUGGGGAAUUCUCUCCGAAACCAAGCGCAUAACCCGCGCCAACUCCAGCAAUUACUUAGCCCUCUCCAUCCUCUUCCUCCUCCCUCUCUCGUUUGCCUUCGUCCUCCACCCAUUCAUAUUCUCGUACUCUGCACCUGACCCGACAAUCCCAUCACCCCGAAAAUCCAAUCUCGUUAUCGCUGUUUACGUUUUCUUCGUGUUCCUUUUCUCUAUUUUCGCCACCGGCUCAAUUACCUACAGCACCUUCCAUGGAUUCUAUGGUAGACCCGUGAAUUACAUUUCCUCUAUAAAGUCUAUCUUGUCCUCGUUUUUUACUCUUCUUGCUACUUCUAUAGCCUACCAGAUCACAUUAUUUAACAUUUUCUCUUUCAUCUGGCUUGUGGGGAUUGCAGUAUAUCAGUAUUAUGAAGGUGUUGACUCGAAUUAUUCACUGGCUUUUGUUAUUUGUAUGACGAUUUUGAUUCUGGUGGUGACAUUUUGCUUUCAAGUGGAGUGGUCGUUGGCGUAUGUGGUGGUGGUGGUUGAAUCCAAGUGGGGGUUCAACUCCUUCAAGAAAAGCUCACACUUAAUCAAGGGGAUGAAAUGGAUCGCAUUAUCAUUAGUACUGUACUAUGGGAUACUAACAGUACUUUUAGCUUCGACAGCAUAUUUAGGAGGCGUUAAUGGCGGCUGGGGAUUCAUAAUUCGGACAGUGUUCGUCUUGGUACUUAUGACAGCACUGAUGCUACACUGCAUAGUAGCCUACACAGUUUUGUAUAUGUAUUGCAAGGUUUUACAUGGGGAAAUGGCAUUUGAGAUUGCAGAGGAAUCUGCAGCAGAUUACGUUAGCUUGCCUAUUGAUGAUGGACAAGUACCUCGUGUUCUCUAUGUUGUACCACAUUGAUAUAAUCUUGAGGUGGCAUUAAUGGAGGCUGGGCAGCCAUCCUUGAGAUAGUUUUAUGCUCCAUUCUUCUGACAAUGAUGAUGCUUAGCUACGUCGCUGCCUACAGUGUUGUAUAUCUAUUGCAAGAUUUUACAUGGGGAAAUGGCAUUUUGAGAUUGCAGAUGAAUCUGCAGCAGACUACGUUAGCUUGCCUGUUGAUGAUAGGAACGUUUGAGGUUAGUGCAUGUGAUUCCUAAUUUCUCGUUACUACUGUCAUAUGUUGUUGUGAAACCUUGUGUUGUAUUGUAUGAUAUUGAAGAUGAACAAGAAAUGUGAAGAUAUGAGACGGUGAGACCUAUGGAUUCUUAAAAUAUUAC